UUGUCGCUCACGUGUUCUUGAAGCGCUCUGUGAACUAGAUUGUUUGGUCGCAAGUCAAAAACACACGUCUCGCUCCAGUGUGAGAUCGUCCACGGCUAUUCGAGGAGGAAUUAACUGUUACGUUAUGUAUGGGCUGUGACGUCUCGGCAGAUAUGGAUGAAGAGCGAUCAGAAAACUGGACAACACUAUUGCAUCCCAGAUUGAUAUGAACUGAGAGACACCUUUAGAGAACGUACUACUCUCGUGUAACUUAUCGAAACCUGUGUGCGCGGACCUCGGAGGAAACAACGGUUGAGAGGCCAAUAGCCAGUCACCGGCGCGGACGUCAGAGAAAACAAUCUGUAUACAGCUGGCCCGAACAUAUUGCCGUUACUACAAUAACCAUUUUGUUUUCAAGUGCUUACAGUUACCAAUACUUAUUACCGGCUCUGUUCUCCUUGUGGAAUAUAAACAAAUCAUAUGAACGAAUCUUCAUGUUUGUGAGAACUGGAUUGUAUAUAAAUAUCCCCUCUGGUAUUUCAUUAUUGUUUUACACGUACCAUUUCGCUGAUUUGACACUAAGUGACACCGAACAGAUGCAAUAACAUAAUUUGUGUUACUGAUUUGCCUAUUUUCAAGAAUAUCAGGACAACACAAGCUCGUUAUGAGUGACUCUUAUGGAUUUAUUCAUACAGACUCUCAUUAGCAAUUAGCUCUAAUGGAUAUAUUGAUAACUUUCCUUAAAACAAGUGGAAUUAGCAUAUCUGAUGUGGAAAACAAAUAUCUUCCUAAUGCAGAUGUUAAAGGGUAAUGGUUUAUUCAGGAAAUGUGGAGAUUUUCGAUACUUCAGACAAGAGAAUACUUUAUGAAAUGACAAUGAAGCCGAAGAAUUUCUUAUUCAAAAGCCCGGAAAGGAUCUUGUUUUGGUGCACGUUCAAAGAAUGUCAAUGACCGACAGGUUUGCUGAAACUAUCUUCGGUACAACGUAUCCAGCUGUUGCAAUCGACACGAUUUAAUCACCUAAGCACAUAUAAUAGUGGCAUCGAUCGGAAUUGAUUUACCAAUAGCAUCGUAAUAAUUGUGCGUAACAUGUUAUAACAUUUUUACGGAUAAAAGUGUAAUAGCGCACUCAGAAAUUUCCGGUUCCAAAGUGAACCCGUCGGUGAAAACAUGUAAUUUCAGAGAAGUAUGCAGUUGGUACGAUUCCUUCAUUGUGAACGGUUAAAGUGUUUUCGAAUCACUUUGAUCCAGGCCGGAUAUUAACGAAACAAGGCUCUUCAUCGUUAACGAUCAUUCAAACGCUAUCGCUGUCAUUUAUUCGAUGCCAAUCAGGAAUCGAUCACUUAAUCAAGGUGUUUAUUUGGCUGAUCUAGGUAUGGCAGAGAGAAUGGGUUAGUUUGGCACCUGAUACAGCUGGCAUCUGUUCCUGGUACUGAAGAGGAUUUCUCGUAUAUCAUCCCAGAAGUGCAUUCCAAUAAAUGGGAAGUAAACAGUUCAGAUAUCUGGAGAUUCCUGGCCCGUGGCAUUGUCAAUACGUCAGACAUUUUACAGCCUGGUUCAAAACAUUGUUACACCUAAAAAGCCCUGGAAUAAACUACACAGGAUCAAGUGAAAAACGGAUUUUGAUAGAUAUUUCAGUGUUAUCCCAAGUUGGAACCGCCCCAUGGUUGGAAUUCUCCAUCCUCAUCCGUAACCAACAGUAACACCAUCUUAACGCUCAACCCACUGAUUACACUGUGGGUAAUGAUGUACGGGGUAUUACCAGAUUUCCCUAAUUGCAACAUAUCAUAUGCGGUAUGGAUUAGCGUGCUGGGAAGUAUGGGUUUAUGAUUAGUAUAUUAUUGAUAACAAAGACGUGGCGCCAUCGUGUACUAAGAAGCUGGACGGGACUUUUCAAGAAAGUAUAUUUCAGUACAAAGGGAAAAUGUGAACAAUGUGAUAAGACACGUCAUUUUGACAUUGACACAGAGUUGAUUGCCGUUGUGAUAUUCUGGCUUAACGUGAUCUGAUGGAAGCUGAAAGACAAGUUCACUGAUGGAGUGUGUGGUCGCCUGAGAAAAGCUCAAUUUGUUCAGUGGAUUGUUUCAGUUUGAAAAACGUGUAUUAGUUCCAUAGAGGAUAUCCUGCUACUGUGGACCCGUUGACUUCCUGGUAAUCUUUGCAUUGGGAUUUCUUCAUCAGUGCCCAAGGAACUUUAAUGAACAGGAUUACGAAUAACAUUGGAACUUUACAACAUUUUCCAUAUGGAAAAGACAACAUUUUGUGAGACGGAGCUCUUUACCAAAUGGAAUGACAUGUACAUGUUAUAACGUACACAUAUUGAAGAAAAGCUUCGAAAAAAGAAUAUUAUAAAGUGGAAAUUCGGGUUCAAUGAAAAAAUCAACAGAUUUCAAAUGCGGAAGCAAUCAACAGGUUUUAUAAAAGAGGAACAUCAACACUUCCUUUUGUGACAGUAAAUCGUCAGGCGGAACACAACAAUAUCUUGAUAACAAGGGAAACUAAUCUUUAUCUGCUAAAGUGGAAAUAUUUAAAUAUGGAAAAUAAUUUUACAGCCACUUAAGUGCAAUUGGAAAUCUGUAAAGUGGCAUUGUUAAAAACCGCUGUUGAUAAACAGUGAUCUCAGUUACACAGGUGCUACACUUGAGUGCUGUACUGCCUCGAACUAUGGAACCAAGGUAUGUCACAAUGCUCCUCUCUCGAUUACAACAGAAAGACAUUGAAGGAGGCAAAUAUGAUCACCUUUAGGAGAUAUUAAAAAUGAAUCAACCAAUUUUCUACGUCAUGCCUAACCUAUAUGCCACUAUCGAUACACUGAAAAAUGAGCUCUCGUAAAACCAGUGCUGAUAACGGUCUAUUGUUGGGACCUUCUGGAAUGGGCGAAUCUGAUCCAUCGGACAUUUCUCACCUUCAGAGCGCUGAACAAUCGGUCUGAUUACAGCUGAUCGGCACGUGGUCAAUCUUAUCGCGAUAACAGUGUACCAUCUCAUCCAGGAUAUUCUGUGUGGGGGAUCCAAAUUGCCAUCGAGCAUUCUUCAGCACAGCUGGACACAUUUAGAAACUCGUGUGUUGUGUUAUUACCCGUGUAGGUGGGGUAUUAAUCUAUUUCCGUGUACUCCGGCAAAAUUGGCAAGGAUGUUAAAUGUUAGCUUUGGACAUGUGAUAACCGAGUCAUCCCUGAGCUAAUCUGGUGUAGUGUGUCGUUGGAUUUCCCGGCAACGAUCUUACAAAUCCUGGAUUGUUAGAUUCCACCUGUGAGGAGAUUUACAUUCAGAAUUGAAGGCACACUUUAUUGCUGCUGAAGGCUGGUUUUAUUGGAUGAUUUAAAGGGAGACAAAUCUUACAAUGUGCAGUGAUUUCUUGGAGUGUAAAGUUUCCAAGUGAUUCAAAGGAGCGACACCUACUGGCGACAUAUGGUCGUCACAAAAGGUAGGUCACUCUAAGUGAUCAUAAGACGUUAUUGCUAUAGAAGGCUAAUUUUAUUGGAUGAUUUAAAGGGAGACAAAUCUUACAAUGUGCAGUGAUUUCUUGGAGUGUAAAGUUUCCAAAUGAUUCAAAGGAUCGACUCCUAGUGGCGACAGAUGGUCGUCACGGAAGGUAGGUCAGUGAUCUAAGUGAUCAGUCGAAAAUUGCUUGUUGUACCAGUCCCAUGGCUUGUUUCGACAGACACUAACAGUGCGUGAUAUGACGUCGCUCUUUAACGUCAAUUCCAAGUCCAUAGUAUUCGCGUUACGUUACUCAAAUUAACUAUGAGGACUCUUCCUUUGACGCCAUAUCUCAAUAUCUGUGUUUAUUAGAUGUGGACCCAUGUGAUGAGCUCAAACGUCCCGGAAUUUUUAACAAUGUGGUCAUCUUUUCUGUGAGGUCACAAACAUGAACUUCUCUUUGGAUCAAAAGGAAAUCUAAUCUGGAAGUAUUGUGUCAAAUCCUCAUAUUCCAAAUGUUUUCUGUAUCUUAUUCACAAACGCAUCAAAAAGUGAUCUCCCUAAUAAUCAGCAUGAACAGCAGUUUCGACUUAGGGAACAAAUCAAGAACUAUCUUGGACGAUCGGUGUGCAAGAAUUCUCUUGGAGGGUCCCCCUCUCGCGACGAGAUUCCAGCUGGAAGCGAGGAUAGUAAUAUGCACGUUGAUGAUUCUCGUGACGUUGGUCGCCAUCUUGGACAACAGCCUCGUUAUCAUGAUCGUCUGCUUCAACAGGUCGCGUAGAACAAAAACAAAUAUAUUGGUUGUCUCCCUUGCAGUCGCAGACCUCCUGAUAGCCCUGGGACCAAUGCCACUCAGCACAUAUCUAAUGUAUACUAGCCUCACGUGGCAUAUUGGAGACUUCGUGUGUUUAUUGUUGAAUUCGUUUGAUGUUUACCUAUGUACAUUAUCAAUUUUCCACGUAUCAUUCAUGGCAAUAGACCGAUGUCUAAGUGUAAGUUAUCCGUUCUUCUACGAACGUGUUGGCAAGAAAAGCGUCAUAUUAAUGCUUAUGACGUCAUGGAUCGCCCCAAUCGGGUUUUCCUUUCUACCAAUCAUGAGUCAGCUUUAUCGAAUCGGAUUGGAGGACUGGUACGCAUGCGCAUUACCCUUGGGCUCCACCAUGGGUCAUUGUAACUUUUUCGCCAACAAAGCAUAUUCAGUUGCCACUUUCAUGGCUUUUGUCAUCUGCCUUAUCAUAAUUAUGGUGUGUUAUCUCAAGAUUUUCUACGAAGCUCGAAAACAAGCCCUUCAGAUCAGAACUCUCUCUGUGAGCGAAAACGGCAGCAAUGGUAAGAGCGUUAAGCAGGAACUGAAAGCAGCAAAAACUAUCGGAAUCAUUCUGGUGGCGUUUAGUGUGUGCUGGCUUCCGUCGGAAAUUGUCACCGUGGCCAAUCCCUUCCUGGGUUACAAAAUAUCAGACAAGGUGUAUGGACUCGUCGUGUGGCUAGGCUACGUCAAUUCGAUGCUUAAUCCUUUGAUCUAUUACUUCUCGAAUCGUUCGUACAAGGAGUCGGCUAAACUGCUGCUGUUAAGACUCCGUCGUCAACAUAUACCAAAUGAUGCGUUGUCCAUGACACAUAUUAGACACAGAUAACGUGUAUUAUUAUACUAUUAUUACACUAACAUUUGUAUAGCGCCAAUAUCCAGCUCAGCUGCUCAAAGGCGCUUUGAUUUUCCCUCGAUCAUUGGAUGUCAAACUCAAACGGCACAAAGUAUUAUUAGUCAACUCCCUGGGCAUCAUUCAACAUGUAUAUCAUAUAAGUAACACGCUCCAAUACUCUUUACAGAGUUGCCUCCCCUUACCAACACCAGAAACCUAUAUUUGUGGGUUCGAAUCCCGAUUCAAAUGUUUCUAGGUUGGUCUCAGGAAAGGAGUGAACGUCUAAGACUUUAUCACUUCAAGCUUUCAACCCAGACCAAGCUGUCAUGCCGCCAUAUAACUGUGAUAAUAUUCAAAGCGGCGUCAAACUCAAAUCACUCACUCACUCAGAUCUUAAAGGCGGACUAUGGCCACAUCAGAUGCCCAUUCCAGCCACUGAUAUCGUUGUAAGGGACCAGUCAUUUGAUACUCCGACGGGUGCUGGAUAAAGAAAUUAACAUACUAUUUCACCCGGGAGCCAAGUAAUCCAAAACAUGGUCGACCCUUCUUAUCUUUGAGUGGUAUACCAUAAAUGUGUCAACAAAUUUCAACAUACUUGAGUAUAUAUAUUUGAAAUAAGAAUAUGAUAUAUUA